AUAUAUGAGAGAGAUAUGAGAGUUAGAUAUAAAUGAGAGAUGCCAUUUCAUUGGGUGAUGGGAUGUAGAGUUGAUCUCCUCAGUGACUUCUCUGGUGAUUGGAUCAGUCCUGUAUGAGGUGACCUUGUCUGGCAGUGGAUCCCAGUGAUCGCAAUGCUCUGCAGGCAUCACGUCAUUGCUAUGUGCAGACUAGGAGUUCUAUAGGAGCCGCACACUCCAGUCCUGGCUCCAUCCAUCCGGGCUUUCCUUCCUCUCAGCAUCUCCUUCCCCAUAGCCCCUGGAGGCAGGUGCUGAGCCCGCAGCCAUGUCCUGCCUCGUAGAAGGGUUUGCUGGAAGCGGCCGGGGAAUGCAGCAUCAGCAGCAUUAAUUCACAGCCGGAGCGGUGCCCAUUGUGACCGGCAUUCUAUUCCCCGAAGCUGCGCUCUAGUGCUGACUGCUGCCAGCGUGCGUUGCCUAGUGACAGGCGGCUGUCAGCCUGGUGCGCUGGGAGUGGCACUGCCUGGCUUUGUACGCUGCACACACCGGCACAUUGCAGUCUGCUCGGGAGCGGGGAGCAUCUUCACCGGGAAAUGCUUUACUGGCUGAGGGAAGAAGAGAUGUCACACCAGGAGCUCACCCAGAGGCUGUCCACGGUCAUCACCCAUGUUGAUGAAAUAAUGCAGCAAGAGAUCAGGCCACUGCUCGCUGUCGAUAUAAUGGAACAACUUCACAGACAGUUUGCUACAUUGCCUGGAGGCAGAGGAAAGGAUGGAGCACCCAUAAUAUCCUUCCCUGAAUAUCCUAACUUCACUGAGAUUCCUGACGAUGAUUUUCUAAAUGUUGUUACCUAUUUAACAAGUAUUCCAAGUCUUGAGGCUGCCAGCAUUGGGUUUAUCAUCAUUAUAGACAGACGGAAGGAUAAGUGGAGCUCAGUAAAAGCAUCGCUCACUCGUAUAGCUGGAGCCUUUCCAGGGAAUCUGCUGUUGGUUUUUGUUUUGCGCCCAUCUCGGUUUAUACAGAGGACUAUUGCGGACAUCGGGAUUAAACUCUACAGAGAUGACUUUAAAAUGAAGGUACCGAUUAUUAUGCUCAAUUCUGUUUCGGAUCUUCAUGGAUACAUUGACAAAAGCCAGUUAACCUGUGAACUGGGGGGUAACUUGGAAUACAGCCAUGGUCAAUGGAUACAGCAUAGAACAGCCAUUGAGAGCUUUGCUCAAGUUGUGAAAACUACAGCCCAGAAUUUACAGACAUUUGGAACCAGUCUGGCAGAGACAGAACUCCCCAAUGAUGUCAUAUGCACAGAGGAGCUUCUCCUGUCACAUACAGAGCAUCAGACCAAACUGAAAGAUGAUUUAAAACUAGCAGUGCAACAAGGUGGGACUCUGCUCUCAUGUAUAAAGGAGCCAGUGUCCAAAGACCCAAACUGCAAACUGACUGCGGAUGAGCUGGAGAACAUGGCUACUGUAGAAAGGUUACUGGCUCAGUUGGAUGAAACCGAAAAAGCUUUCAGUCAUUUUUGGAACCGCCAUCAUCUGAAGUUAGAACAAUGCUUGCAACUACGCCACUUUGAACAUGAUUUCCGAGAGCUUAAGCUUACACUGGAUGCCCUGAUGGAUGCUCAAGCUUCCUUUACAGACAUAGGAGACAGUGUGUCAAAAGUAGAGCAACUUCUUAAAGAGUUAAAGCAACAGGAGGAGAAAGGACAGGGUAUGCUGGAGAAAGCCCAACUACAUGCUUUUCACGGAGAUCAGCUAAUACAAAAUAACCACUAUGCUGUAGACUCCAUUAGACCAAAAUGCAUAGAGCUCAGACGCAUCUGUGAUGAUUUCACCAAUGAAACCAAGAAAAAGUAUGACAUCCUGGGAAAAUCAUUAGCGCUACACCAACAACUUGACAAGGCUAACCAGUGGUGUGAAGAUGGAAUCUACCUGCUAGCCUCUCAAGCUGUGGAUAAAUGUCAGUCGCAGGAUGGUGCCGAGUCAGCUCUACGAGACAUUGAGAAAUUCAUUGGUAGUUCAAAGGUGCACCAGCUGUCAAAUCCUACUGAUUUUUACCACAAGUAUGAAGUCAUUCUUACUGCUGAAAUAAAGGCAAGUGUCCAGAAAGUACUACAGAAGUUGGCUGAUGUUCAGGAAAUGUUUGAGAAAAGACAAGCAAGCUUGAAGAAGCUGGCAGCCAAACAGACACGGCCUGUCCAGCCUGUGGCUCCACAUCCAGAGUCCUCUCCAAAAAGAGCAUCUCCUAAAACGACUAGGCCAACAUCUCUAGCGACCACUCGAAGAGCUCCAGAGAUUCCCUCUGCACCUCCAAAGUCACUGUCCGAAGCUGACCUGUCCAGAAAACGAAACAAUAAAAAGGCUAAAGGUGGUAUAAAGAUUGAAGUCAUGCAUGAAGCAAGUCAAGGUGGGACAAGCAGAUCCCUUGUGAUGAGUGAAAGCGAGGAGAACCUCUGCACUAGAAAAAGCCAUAUUAUAAAUGAACUCAUAGAAACAGAACGUGUCUAUGUCGAGGAGCUUCAGAGUAUCAUUGAGGGUUAUGCAUCAUCACUGGACGAUCCUGAAAUGAACCCUUUGAUUCCUGUGGUAUUACAAAACAACAAAGAUGUCCUUUUCGGAAACCUUCCUGAAAUAUAUGAAUUUCAUAAGAGAACUUUUUUAAGAGAAUUGGAAAAGUGCAUUGAAGAUGCAGAUUCUCUUGGAAGAUGUUUUUUAAAAAGGAAGGAAGAUCUUCAGAUUUAUGAAAAGUAUUGCCAAAAUAAGCCAAGGUCAGAAGCUCUUUGGAGACAGUGUGCUGAAAGUAUUUUUUUUCAGGAAUGUCAAAGGAAACUGGAUCACAAACUUUCUUUAGAUGCUUAUCUCUUGAAACCGGUCCAGAGAAUCACCAAGUAUCAGUUGCUUUUAAAGGAAAUGCUUAAGUGUAGCAAAAAUUCUGAAGGAACAGCCGAAUUAGAAGAAGCCCUUGCAACAGUGUUGGAUAUUAUAAAAUCUGUGAAUGACUCUAUGCACCAAAUAGCCAUUACUGGAUAUGAGGGGGAUCUCGGUGAGCUUGGAAAGCUUCUUAUGCAGGGAUCAUUUAAUGUGUGGACUGAUCACAAGAAAGGGCAUAAUAAAGUAAAAGAUCUAGCAAGAUUCAAGCCUAUGCAAAGGCACCUCUUUCUUUAUACCAAAACACUUCUCUUCUGCAAGAAGAGGGAGGAAAGCACAGAAGGACAUGAGAAAUCCCCUUCCUACAGCUUUAAGAAUGCAUUGAAGAUGAGCUCUGUUGGCAUCACUGAAAAUGUAAAAGGAGAUAACAAGAAGUUUGAAGUUUGGUUUAAUGGCAGAGAAGAAGUGUACAUUAUACAGGCAUCAACUAUUGAGUUGAAAACUCUUUGGGUUUCUCAGAUUCGAAAAGUUUUGACUGGUCAGCUUGAAGCAUGCAGAGAGGCAAGCCAGUUGCAUCAGAGGAUAACUGAGAGUGUGUACCAUGCCCCAAUGAAUUCAUUUGUUAGCAGGCCAAAUAAAACAUCAUUAAACAAUCAAAACAAAGCAGAAUCAGCCAGCAAUAACAACAAAAACAGAACAUCAAGUCCAAGUGGGAGACAAGCUAAAGCUGAUAAUCCUGCCAGUCAUAACCGUGAGCGCUCAGCGCUUGCUAGAAAGAGGUUCACAUUACAGGGCCUUUCGAACCGCAGGGCCCCACCCAAAGAGGCAGAAUCUAAAGAGAAAGAAGUUGCGCGUCGCUUUUCAUUAGCUUCUUCUAUCAGUUCAACAGCUAUUAAAGUUCCUGCUCGCAGAAAAGGUCCACUUGGUCCAGAUGUUAAAGCAAAAAGGCAUGAAAUAAAGAGCGACCCAACACCACUGGGUCUUGAAGAUUGGCCAAAGCAUCUUAAUUCACUGGAAACAUUUGAAGAUUUUUCUGCUAUUCCUUCUAGCAAUGAUGAACUUUCAAAUUCUGAUAUUGAUGAAGAAACCACUACAACAAAAGUUUCAAGCCUUUUCUGUGUUGAAAGUAGUUUUGAGACAUGCUCACCAACAGCCUUUUUCCUUCAACCAGGGGAUGUAGUGCAAUUUCAGCAAUGUGGAGAGAAUGGACAGUGGUUAGUGAAAGAACUUGUUUCAAAACGAAAAGCCUGGGUACCUUCCAGUAUAUUAACACCGAAAACAACUGCUAACAUCUGUCUAAAAGAUAACAGUGCAGCUUACAGUGAAACAAGUCAGAUGUCAUCAGUAACUUCCAAUAUAAAAGAGAAGCAGAAUGAACAUAAAAGAAGUCUUGUUGCGGAGCAAAAGGUUGUAAGUUGAACUUACUUCAGCUGAAAUUUUUUUUAUCCAGUGAGCUACAUUGCAACCUAAGUUGCCUCAGCCAUCGUGAAUCUACAGACAACUGGCUUAUUGUUCAGCUAUAUAGCUGCGAGAAGAUCAGCAAAGUGUUUUAUCCAUACAAAAUGCUGGACUUCGUUUUUUUUUUCUUGGCCUAUAUUAGGUCUACAGCAGAGAGAAACAUGAACUAUGCUUUAAGCUCUGUGCAGCUUUUUGGCUCUGCUUGUUGACAGACUAUUGUAUUUCUAUAUUGUGAUCAUUUCCUAUUGACUUGAUUUACAUACUUUUUAAAUGCACAGAUCAAAGCUUUACUGCAGAAGCACCUUCCAAAAAUGUCUGCAAAUACGAAGACUGUGCAGCUCCCCUGUUCACGAGUUACAAAUGUAUUAUAUCUUUAGUAAAACUGAGUCAUCAUGUCAAACAUGUCAUCAUUUGUGUGGAUCAGCUCUUUCUGGGAACCUUUUUUCACCUAACAGACAGAAUGUAGGUUUACAAUCAUUUUAUAACUGACUUUUAAUUGAACACCUCGGGAGAAAAGGAAAAUUGUAGGGGGACCGAUUCUCUCUGAAGAGACCCAUUGGUAUAUGGAGACCUACUUUCAGGCAAUGAUUCGUGGGAAACAUAUUUAAACUAGCUCUCCUUCAGAGGGAAGACAACUAUCUCAUUCUAGCCAAACCUCUUCCUAAUGGCUUCUUUUAAAUUAUCCAAAUGGGUUAACUAGAAACGUGGCAUCUGUCUGUAUAUUCUUUUUUUUUUAUGUAUGUAACACUUGCCAUAAGACUUUGACACUGUAUUGCUUGUGAUGUGCAUACAUGUUUUCAAAGGAGAUAACCUCAUAAAUUGUAAUCUUUUCACAACAUAAAGGGACCUACUGCCUUUUGUGCUUCAGACUACAAUGUAUCAGUUUUUAUACAUUUUCUACAAAUGUUGGAUUAAUGAUGGUGGCCUAUGUACAGUCAUGCUAAACUAUGAACCUUUCUGUAUUAAUGUUUUAAGAGCCUCAAAUUACUACGCUGUGCUGCUGGAGGACCCUUUUUUCUCAUGUCCUAAUCUCAUUCUGUGGUUCCUUGAAUGUCUGUCUACUUUCAAUUACAUUCCUACUCAGUCUGAUACUUGAAAAUAAACACUUACAUGUUUUAAUUGUUAUUUCGACAAA